UAUGUCAUACAGACUUGCAACAUGAAUGCUAAUCCUUCUCUUCGAAAUGUCAAUGGGAUCCGAUUUUAGUAGGAACCUGCUGUCUAGUUCUUCCUCAACUUGCAGAAACUGCCUUUAUUACAUCUCACAGAAGUGGUGCAUCUCCAGAUACAGCAGCUCGAAUCAAGGAGAAUGAUGCUCCACAACUGACUAUUCAGGCUACUGCUACGGUCAAGGUAGCUAUGUUUGCUCUAACGAUGAUGAUAUUGAAGGAACUCCUGGAACCAACAAUAAUGGUGGAUACAUCAUGUGCCCAUCAUACAGCUCAGAUUGUGGAACUUUAAGUAGAUCUUUUUAUUACCAUGGCCAAAGCUCUACUUUUGAAAAAGAUUACAUUCCUUCAAGCGUUGUCUGUGUGUAUCAGGUCACUUCGUCAUCAGCAUAUGCUGAUAGUCUCAAAAUUGAAGUUAAGAAUGCAACAGGAGUUGAUAUCAACGUGUACACUAGCUCGAGCAGUUACAACUAUGACAAGGAAGGUUCCAUGUACUGGAACGAUACCAAGACAGUCUCUCUAUCUACCAGCACUGAUGUCUACAUAAUGGUCCACCCAACCUCUUCAUCCAACGGUGUUGAAAUCGAUGUUGAAUUAGUGGAGCCACACAGCGAAAUAGCAGCAGUGGCCCUAGUGUUUAUUAUCAUCGGCAGCAUUUGCUGCUUUGUGGCUAUUGUGGUCUGCAUUGUCUUUGGCGUUAUAUAUUGUGUUGCUAAAGGAGCUCAAGCUUCCAUUAACAACCAAGGAAGGGCCAACAACAUGGCUGCAGCAGCAGCACUAACGACAUCCCUCCUCCAAUCCUCCAAAACCCUCCCCCUGCUCCAAACCAGCCAGCCUACAUGAUGAAUCCGCGGCAGAUGAUGUAUAUUGAUCCCAAUAUGAACCAGAACAUUGCAUACGAUCCAAAUAACGCAAUGCAGCCACAAAUGGGUAUUCCUUCCAACAACCAGCCAGGAAUGGAGCCCGUUAUGGUGGGUAAGAAACCCAAUCGCGCCAGUCCAACCCCCAGAGAACAAACUUGACUAACUCCCCUAAUAAUUUCUCACAGUUACAAUCCUCA